AUGAGGCAAUUGGGUUGGCCAAUAUUUUUGAAAGCAAGGUUUUCAAGGCCCAAGAUCUAUGGCUUAGCUCUCCAGUCAUAUGGCCCAAUGAAGUUAGGGUUACCGAAAUUAGGCGAAGAGAGAGCCCUUUAUGGAAUCGGCUCGAGGUUUCACCAACCCAUCCCUAAAUCCCGUAUCUUCUACUACGACCAAGUUGUGCCAAUAAAAGAACCAACAACAAUUCUAGGAGUGUACGAGCAUGGCAAGAAGCAAAAACUUCAAGAGUUUCGAAAUUUUCCUUCUCCUUGA